CCACAAUUUUCUUUAAUUUCUUUCGCCAUUGUUUGCUUACAUCUCAAGAUUUUUCAAACAUUGGUAUUGAUGAUUAAUUUGGUAGCCUGUCAUCCAGCUACACACCUAAUCAUAACAUAUUAGAUUCUUCCAUUUUCUUUGAAGAAAAUGAUCACAAUUCAUAUUGAUAUGGAGUAGCUGAGUUUGAAGAUGAAGUUAUUUCCAAUGAUCCCAUCUUCCAAAUCAUGGUUUCUGAGCUUUGUAUUGGCUGUAAUGGUGCUAGUAGUGACACUGUCACACCUCUUUGAUCAAACCAAGAGAUCACCCAACACAGUUAGUUAUAAUCCACAUUUGCAGCCUAGGAAAGCUCCUUCAAAGGGGCCUAAUGCACCACCAGUCUUGGCCUACUGGAUCCUCGGGACGAGAGGCGAAAACGAGAGGGUGAUGAGGCUGUUGAAGGCCAUCUACCAUCCAAGAAAUCACUACCUUCUGCAGCUUGAUUCAUCUGCUUCUCAUUAUGAGAGGUUGGAGCUUUCUAGCUUGACUCAAUCAGAAGUGGUGUUUGAACAAUUUGGGAAUGUUGAUGUUGUUGGGAAGAGCUAUGCUGUCAACCCAAUGGCUGCAUCAGGACUGGCUGCAGUGCUCCACGCGGCCGCCUUGCUCCUCAGGCUGCGCGACGAUUGGGAUUGGUUCGUGCCGUUGAGCACCUCAGACUACCCAAUCUUGCCUCAAGAUGAUAUUCUCUAUGCUUUCAGUUUACUGCCUAAAGAUGUCAUUUUCAUGGGAUUCAGCAAUGCCACUUCCUUCCAAAAGAGGUAUAGUGCUACCAAGAUUGUAGUAGAUCCAAGUCUAUACCUCAAAAAGAAGGCUUCCAUUUACUAUACUAAAGAAACUAGAGAAAAGCCAGAUGCAUUUGAGUUAUUUGGAGGUUCCCCAUGGAUGGUCCUAACAAGAGGCUUCUUGGAACAUUGUGUGAAUGGAUUGGACAACCUUCCUAGGAAGCUACUAAUGUACUUCAACAAUGCUGUCUUCCCACUUGGGUCAUACUUCCAAACUGUCCUAUGCAACACUCCCCACUUCCAAAACACCAUUCUGGUGAACAAUGACUUAAGGCACACUCUCCAUACUGAUCUUUCAAUUCUGCCCCCAGCUAUCUUUGCCACACCAUUCAGACAGGAUGAUCCCCGGAUGCAAGAGAUUGAUGAGAAGCUGCUCAACCGCGGCCAUGGAAGGUUUGUGCCGGGAAAAUGGUGCAACCAAACAGGGCUACUGAAUCAGAGUAGAUUGAGUGAUACAAGUGAUCAAGAUUUGUGUUCAAUGUGGGGAGAUAUUGAUGUUGUGCAACCAACAAAUCAAGGGAUUAAGCUGCAAGAAUUCUUUUUGAGAGCUGUGGGAGAGAAGAAUAUGGCAAGUAGUCAGUGUAGAAGUUAUGUUAUGCAUGAAGCAACAGAGGUUAAAAUGUAACAUAAUGUUGGUUUUGAAAUUGAGAUUGAGAGCUAGUUCUAUUUCUUAAAA